AUGAGCCACUACACAGUUAGCAGCAGUGAGAGCGGCUCCUUCUGCACAAACACGGCGCCGCAUUCGCACGUGCACGCCGGCACGGAACACUCCGAGUCGGUUGUCGUGAGCUGCAGCAAGCGAACCCACAUGCACCCAUCCGCUGUUGCGGCUGCGGACGGCAGCCUCGAUGAAGAGGCUGCCGACUCUGCCUACAGCGAGAACACGCCGAAGAAGCCGCUGCAGUCCGCCAAGACAGCCACCGCAACGACGGCGCAGGAGUCGCCGUCCAUGACCAUCCGCCGCGUGCCGGUCGACUACUCUAAGCGAAUGGAGGACCAGAAGGCGCGCAGCAGUGCGCUGGAGCGGUACAAGAUGCUUUUUCGAGGAAAUGGGCGGGUGGAAAACAAGCAGCCAUCGCCGAACUCUGUGGACGACAAGGAGGUGAGCAAGUUCUCCAAGCGGCGCGGUGAUGAGCUGUCGGAAGCGUUUGCUUCACCCUCCGGCUCCUCUGCCAUCGACGAGACCGUCGUCAGCGACGAGUCGGAGACAGAGGAGAAGCCAGCGCUACCCGUGUCGAAGUCGCACCGAAGCGCUGGUGAGCGUGUUUCUUCCUCGAGCUCUCAGCGGAUGCCGCAGCGGACGAGGUCCUCGUCGUCCCCGGUGCCCGUGAACCGGGCUAUCGCCCGUCCUGCAGAACCGCCGACAGGCAAUGUCGAGGGCGGUCUCGCUGGCGACUCGCCGCCGCCAGCGGUGCUGCAGCUGAAUUCGCCCAAGACGCAUGGUCCGCCAUCGCAGCCGCCAGCCGCCGGCGACGAUGGGAACGGUGGCGUGUCCUACGUGGCACCGGAGCUGACGCAGCCGUAUUGCAAGUCGAGCCAGCGGCGGUGCGACACGCUGCGGCCUGGAUUUGAGCCAGUGACGGCACACCAUUGUACGUCUCUGCAUCGCACCUUGUCCGGUUCCUUUGCCCAGGCAGACGUGUCGCCGUCCACCUCGUCAUCGAAGCUUCAGCCACGCUCACACCCCCACAGAGACAGUAGCGUAAAGACGCGUCUUGCAUCCACUUCGACUGCAGCUGCUCCACUGAGCCCUCGGUCGACCAGUUGCCGAAAGAGAGAUGCGGUUAAGGCAACGCCGGCGAUGGCCGCAACGCCAAGCGUGUCUCCGCAGCAGGAUACGAGUGAGACGGCCGCCGAGGAGGCAGGGGCGACCGCAGCCGCGGGCCUCGCCUCAACUUCUCCAACUUCGCACGGUGUGGCGACCCAACUCUUCCAUGAUGACGAGAAGGGCGACCUGUCGCGGCAGGCGGACGCCGAGGAAGACGGGGUCGAGGGCCUUGGAGCGCCUGAUGCCAAGGGGACAUCCAAGCAGGAGCAGGAGGUGGUUCUGCUCGCCAGCAGCAACAAGGCCUUCUGGCUUCGCCCCUCGAGUGCCAUGUACGAGAUGACGGCCAGCAUCGCCGCGAAGCGCAAAUACCAUCACGAAGACGAGGAGGAGAUGCGUAGAAGUCCGAACCGGCACCAUCAGCACCGUUCGCGCUCAGGCGCCGCUACCGCGAGCACCGCCAGCAGCUGCGGGACCCCCCGCGGUCGCCCCUCCACAAGCGCGGAGGCGAAGCCCCGUUUCACCACCCAUAUGACUGCCGCGGACCGGGAGCGCUGUGGGGAGGUUCCCGCUGCUGUCGCCUCCGCCCCUGUGCAGACGUACGGCUCCAUUUACAGCGCCCGCCAGGCCACCGCCCACAAGAGCGCCCUUUCCCGCCCCAUACAGCGAAUGCCGACGAAUGCCUCCACGGUGAAUCGGGCUUGUGACUCACCGCAUCGCGCCUCGCAACACCAACCGCAGCGGCGUGCCGCGCCGCGGGCCUGCAGUCUGCGCAGCCCACUGGAGCGCCGUUCCAGCACUCUCUCGCAACUCAGUAGUGGCCCAUCGGUCACAGCCUCGUCGGAGGAGCGUCACCGUGCCCUCAACUCAGGGCGUGUGUCCAUCCGUCAGCAGGACUCUUUCUCCAAACACUGUGCUCGUGUGGCGGUGCGCAACAGCCGAUCUGAGGAGUCCACCGGUGCCGCUGCGGAGCUGGGGCAGCGGUCGAGGACGAAGACAGUGGCCGCAUCAGUGUGUGGGACUACGGCGAAGGGCGAGGCCGUGGUGGCUGCGAAGCCUGCGAUCCACAAAAAGCUGCAGUUCGAGACGGAGGCCGAAUCUGAGCCGCGCACGAACGCUCCCAAGGCCACUGAUCGCGUUCGCGCCUCACCAGUAGAGCCAAGGCCGGUGCCGCAGUCGCCAGAGACCACGAUGCGUGGCCCUCACCGGUCCGGCGAGGGCUCCCCGUCCAAGUCUCGCCGGCGGGAGCACGACCUCACCGCCUCCCCGGUACGUCCAGACGACCACGCCGACGCGGAGUCGCGCCUUGAUGUGCAGGGCACCGCGAUGAAGUGCGAAAAGGAGGAGGCGCGCGUGCAGCAGGUGCGGUCAGCGCUGGGGAGCCUCCAGAAAGCGCGCCAGGCAUGCGUGGAGGAUCCUCAAGACUCCCAUGCCAAGGCCACUUCUACUUCCACGAACGAAGUGGUGGCGGCCAUGCUGCAGGGCAUUCUGCAGCAGACGCGCCAAACGCUGCCCUGCUAUCUGUGCGCGGAUCAGCAGAACGCCUCUGCCUAUCACGUGCACGUGGAUCUGUGCCGUCCAAAGACGGAGGCCCUGUUGUGUGAGUACUACACCGCCAUCGACGACGCAAAGGACAUUCCCGCAGCGCUGCAGGAGCGCAUCCAGGACCUGGCCGCCCAGGAAGUCCCCUCCUCCACCUCCUCCGACACGGAGCGCGACGCCUUCGCGAAAAAGUGCUAUCAAUGCGUCAAAGCCAUGCUCGUGACGUGCCGCAAAUGCGGCGUACACGUUCGUGUGCACGACGUGAAAGAGCACGAGAUGCUUUGCGGCCGCGCAUGCUAUCGCAACAGCCGCGCAGCUGAGCGCGUCCGUGCCACGCUGGAGCGCAUCGAACACGGCUCGCAAGAGUAA